GGAGGAGCGAGGGAGCGGAGCAGAGCCCGCUGGAGAGGACCAGGCGCUGGAGAGGCGAUAUGGCGGGAACCAGUCUGGGGACCCGUCUCUAUCGGCAGAUCAAGAGACAUCCCGCUCUCAUCCCGAUGAUUGGCUUCAUUGGCCUGGGCAUGGGCAGCGCUGCUCUUUACUUGCUGCGGCUGGCCCUGCGCAGCCCGGACGUCUGCUGGGACAGAAAGAACAACCCGGAGCCCUGGAACCGCCUGAGCCCCAACGACCAGUACAAGUUCCUUGCAGUCUCCACGGACUAUAAAAAGCUGAAGAAGGACCGGCCAGAUUUCUGAGCCCAGCUGGGGCACAUCGGUGUACCUACUCAAGCCAGCCUUCUCAUUUCUUCCACUGCCCAAUGCCCCCACCCCACCCACCCCCAGGGCACCACUCUGCCCACCCUACCCAGCCCGAGUACAAAAGCCUGGUUCCCACGAGGAGGGGAGGCAGCUCCACCCCCACCCUCUUCCCUUGCUCCCUGCGGCGGAAGCACCUCUGACCCUCAGCUUGAGUCCCACGCAGCUGGGGUGGAUUAAGAGGUGGGGCAGCAGCUGGGUGGACCCAAAAUGCUCAAGCUGGCCCCUCUGCUCGGCUACAGAUGCCUUGUAGGGUGUGGCGCAGGCUACGUGCUGAGCGUGGCAGAGGUGAGCCAAGAGCAAGCAGGGGCCUGAGUGCCAAGCUACGUGGCUGGCCCCACGUUAGCCCAGAUUCUGGGCUCCAUCCCAGGGAAGCGCCGCUCUAGCUCCACUGGGCUCCCUGCCUGUCGCCCAGCCUGCUCUGGACGAGGUACCUCUGUGCCCAGGGAGGAGCAGCGUGCUCCUCCCCCGUGCCUGCGGAGCCAACCAGCGCCCCCUCCAUCCUCACACCUGGGCCUCCCCCUGCCAUCCCUCCCCUCCUUGCUCCCCUCUGUCCCCUGGGAUCAAACAGAAGCAGCCGUGGGCAAAAUACAAUUUCAUUUAACAAAUUGAA